UGGCGCGCACAAAGAGGAACUGAGAAGGCGGAAGAGAGAGGACGUUGAACAAACUUGACAACUUCUAGCUGCCUGGCUAGAAAUACGUUUAGAUACUAUGUUAACAGAACAAGUUGGUUUUAAUUUCCAUACAUAUUUGGUUAGCUAAUCAAACGCACUGACUGCAUUCACUCAGCUCGCCACACGUUUCAACCCGACUAAUGGACUCCAGCAGUUUUUAAACAGCCGCUGCACUUGCUCCUUUCAGCGGUCUCGAAGCCAUCCACCUUUAGAAAGCCAUAUUCAGCUUCUGUAGAAGUACAGUGACAUUCAGUAAACUAAAGAAGCUGUGACUUUUGGGCUUGAGCUUUUCUUGCUGGUGGGGGAAGUUAACCGUGUUAUUGUGAAGAAAAAAGCCAGAGGAGAGGCCUGCAGCUGAAGAGACUGGCCCGCGAGAGGAGCACUGCUGGCGGGGACGGACCCACUCCAACAACGAUAGGCCAACAUGUCGGCCCAGGCGCAGAUGCGAGCGAUGCUGGACCAGCUCAUGGGGACGGGCAGAGACGGAGACACCAUGAGGCAGAGAAUUAAAUUUACAGACGAUCGAGUCUGUAAGAGCCACCUCUUAGAUUCAUGUCCUCAUGACAUUCUGUCAGGCACCAGAAUGGACCUGGGAGAAUGUGCCAAAGUCCAUGAUUUGGCUCUGCGAGCAGAUUACGAGAUCGCUUCCAAGGAGAAUGAGUAUUUCUUUGAGCUUGAUGCUGCAGAACACCUUCAGUCUUUCAUUGCUGACUGUGAUCGUAGAACAGAGUUGGCCAAGAAGAGACUAGCCGAGACUCAGGAUGAGAUCAGCGCCGAAGUGGCGGCAAAGGCCGAGCGUGUCCACGAGUUAAACGAAGAGAUUGGGAAGCUUCUGGCUAAAGCGGAGCAGCUGGGGGGCGAAGGGAAUGUAGAUGAAGCCCAGCAGGUGCUGGAGAAGGUGGAGAAAACCCGGGCCUUGAAGAAAGAAGCAGAGGAUGUUUACAGAAACUCAAUGCCAGCUUCCAGCUUUCAACAGCAGAAACUUCGGGUGUGUGAGGUGUGUUCAGCCUACUUGGGUCUCCACGAUAAUGACCGCCGUUUGGCAGACCACUUUGGGGGAAAACUUCACCUCGGUUUCAUCGAAAUCCGUGAGAAGCUGGAAAAGCUGAGGAAAGCCGUCGUAGAAAAACAAGAGAAAUUGCGCAUGAGAAGACGUGAGGAUCGUGAAAAAGAGGAGGAAAGAGAGCGACAGUGGGAGCUGGAGCGGGAAAGAGAGAGGGAGCAACAACGAGAGUGGGAGAGAGAACGAGAAAGGGAGCGGAGAAGGUCUAGAUCCAGAAGUGGAGAUCGAUACAGGGAUGGAGGCAGUUCAUCGUCGCAUCGUGCGAGACGGCACCGCUCCUCUCAUUCCAGAGAAGACGGACCUGACCGGGAUCGUGAGCGAGAGAGGAAGCAUCGACACAAAGACAGACACCGCUCACGCUCCCACUCUCACAGGCACAAAAAGAAGAGAUCCUCUAGAGACAGAUCAUCCCACACACGUGACAGAGAGCCAUCCCCGUCACAGGAGAGGUGGCGGGAGCGUGCAGCGGAGGGAUGGCGAAAUGACAGAGUGGAGGGGGCAGACUUGGAGGACAGGGAGCGCUCUGCUUCUCCUAACGUGGCCAGAGGAAAGGAAAGGGAGAGAUCCAUGUCGUUUGAGCGAGACCGGCGCUCCAGCUCUGAGGAACGGGAGUCUGGCGAGAUCUGAACAGUUACCCUGCUUGUUUGGAUGUUAAGUACAAAAGAGGAAGGGGAAAUGAGCUUGUUGGUGUCGGUGCAUUUGAUUUGACUAUGCAUGUUCAAAAUGGAACAUGGGUUUGUGGAUGGUGGGGAUCAAAGAAACAUGCAAACCGACUUUUAAGAGACUAUAGAAGGCGGGAUUUGUAAGAAGGCUGUACAGUCAUAAUUUUUUGUCAUCUUGCUGGCCUGACAGUUAUUCGCACAGUUACAAGGGGAGAGAGGCUUGGCUUUAUUUCUGUUUUACUGAAGUGCUGUUCUUUUCCUUUUUUACAGACUAGUUAGACCGUUAAUGUUUCAUACACAUUAAUGAUAUAGAUGGGCUGUGGAUGACAAAAUUCUUCUAACAAUGUUUUAUUUGUUGCCUUGCAGACAAUAGUCUCCCCAUUCACAACCUUUAAGAGGCGCCAUCCAACGUGCUCCCCUUGAAAACAGCCUCUGUUGUUGUCCUUAAUGAAAUCAUCUAAAUAUUUUCAUCUGUUCAAUUUACAGAAUAAUGAUUGGUGCAUAUUUUCACACUGUUGCUGUAAUGUAGGAUGGAUUUACUGGAAGAGUUUGUGGGAGGGGUCCACAUUACCAUACCACCACCACAAGUGAAUAAAAUGUUCUUCUUUUGUUCAAA